GAAAUCUUUCUUUGUGAAAGUAGAAUUUUGCUAUAAGGAUCGGGACUUUUAUUUAUUUACUUUUUUGAUGAUGCUGUGCUACAGAUGGACUGUUAGCUUUUUUUAUUGAAUAUCAUCAACAAGUAUAAAACACAUUUUUGAUUAAUGCCACAUGAACAUGAGGUAUUACUCACACAUUGUUCACAAGUUAUCAGAAAAGAAAACAGAAAAAGAAAAAAAAACUUACAAAAAAAUUGAGUAUUUUUAAAAUAUUAUGUGUUUUCUGAGCUUUUUUGUUCUUAACUUUUUCGGGACUUUUAUUUUGCCUCUGGGAGUCUGUUGUGCAGUGACGUCAUAACAGUUGCGCUGCAACUCAUCUGUUGGGGAGAUUGAGGUGUUUGUGUGAGGUCUGUUCCUGUAGAUGCUGAAGUGAAGUCACUAUCACACGAGUUCAUCUAUAAAUACUGUGAAGAAGUCAAAGAAGCAGCUGCUGUCACAACACAUUCAACUACUCUACUAUUCUGAUUCACUGUUGUAAUGAUGGAGUGUGUUAAAGAGGAGACUGAUCCUGAAUCAUUCACAAUAACACCUCAACAUACUCAACAACAAAGAGGUCUAAUGGGAAUGAAAGAGAACGGUCAACAACAAAAUAAAAUGAAGGAUGAACAUCAGCACCACAAUUUCAAAAGUAAAGAAGCCAAAAUCUCUUUUGCAUGCCAUCUUAAUGAUGAGACUUUUUCAAGAAAAAGACAUUUAAAUGUUCACACAAAGUCUCAAACAGGAGAAAAGCUAAACACCUGUCCUCAGUGUGAUAAGAUUUGCACAAGUAAAAAGCAGCUUAAGAAUCAUUUAGUAAGUCACCGUGAGAGGACUUUUGCAUGCCCUCAGUGUGAUAAGUGUUUUAAGCAGAAAAAACAUCUUAAUGAUCACAUAAUGACUCACACUGGAGAAAAGCCACACGCCUGUCCUCAUUGUGAAAAGACCUACAGGCAUACUGGGCAUCUUAAGGAUCAUUUAGUGAGUCACACUGGUGAGAGGCCCUUCACCUGCCCUCACUGUGAUAAGGGUUUUUUACGAAAAAUAAAUCUUGAUAUUCACAUAAAGACUCACACUGAAGAAAGGCUAUACACCUGUCCUCAGUGUGAAAAGACUUACAAAUGUAAACAGCAUCUUAAGGAUCAUAUAGGAACUCAUACAAAUGAGAGACCAUUUGCAUGCCUGAAUUGUGAUAAGUUUUAUUCACUAAAAGGAAGUCUUAAUAAUCACAUGAGGAGUCACAGAGGCGAUGCUUCUUGCAGCUGUCCUCAUUGUGAAAGGAGUUUCUCAUGUAAAGCACAUUUAGAGAGUCACAUACGCAUUCACACUGGAGAGAAACCUUUCACGUGCCCACAAUGUGACAAGACUUUUAAAGAACGAGGACAUCUUCUGUAUCACAUACGAAUUCAUACAGGUGAGAAGCCUUACUCAUGCAAUCUAUGUGAAAAGAGUUACACACAUGCACAAAGUCUCAAAGUUCAUCUGCUAUUUCACACAAAUGAAAGGUCGUUUAGCUGCGAUCAGUGCGAUAAGAAGUAUUUUUCGGCAUCUCGGCUAAAAGUGCACCUAAAGACUCAUUUAGAUGAGGGUUCGUAUUUGUGUUCUGUUUGUGGGAAGAGUUUUCUAUCGCUCAAAAAAGUUCAAGAGCACCAGAAGAGGCAUGCGGGUGUAAAGUGCUCUGUGUGUGGAAAUUUGUUGUUGGGACCCAAAGAGCUGGAGCAGCACCAGAAGAUUCAUACUGAAGAAAACCCCUAAAAGUGUUCACAUUGUGUAAAGAGUUUUAUUGAGUCUGUGACGCUUAUAAAACACAAGUGACUGUAUACUGGAGAAAAGCUUUUUGUUGUAUAUUAAAUGCUCCCUCAUCUGUAAAUUGCUUUCGACAAAAGCAUCUGCUAAAUAAUAAAUGUGUUUAUGAUGUGAUUGAGUUGAAUUAGUUGUUAGAUGAAGGAGAGUAUCACUACAUUAUUUGUCCCAAGAUGCACACCAGUAUUUCUUUGUAAGGUAUGUUUGUAAAACUACUUAAAUGUUUUAAUGUAUCUAAGGUCUAGUCUUGGGCUGCGUUCAGCCUUGACAAAAUGUUGCUUUAAAUACAAACCGUUUUAUACGUGCACACUGUUUCCAGGAAACAUGUCGUUCAACCCAGAAACUGAAGCAAAACAUUGCGCACCUGUUUGAACUUGAACGUGCCCCUGGCUUUACAUAACCCCUGUCCUGCUUUUAUUAUCAGUCGUUGAACAAUGCGCCCGUUGGUUGUUGUGAAUUUGUCCCGCCCCCUCCACUGUGAUUGGACGGCUGAGUGUUUAACUCAAAGUUAAAUUUUUCAACUUUGGGCGCUCGGCGCGGAGAAAAAAGCCAUCUGCUGGCGUUUUAGAAAAGUGCUGCGCUUCUAUUGAAAACAACUGAAAACAUACGCCAGAUGCUGGCGUAAAUGUUUUGGGGUGCACGCCACUUUAGUUUUUUAUAGCUUUUUCAUUACGUUACGUUUAUUAUUUAAAUAUAUAUAAAAAAUGAAUGGCUUGGCUACUGAGAUGUAUAUGUGUGCAUAUAUGUUAUGUAUCUU